CGAAAUAAUAAUAAGAAUUGUUCCAAAGGAACGGUUUCGAAAAUGUAAAUACGAGGGAACGAAAACAAAUCGACGUACGUUUCGUAUAGAUAGAUAAGCGAGUUCGGUGGGGAUUUGUUUAUUAUCGAUACAUUACGUCGCAGUAUAAAAGUUCGCGUCGUAGUUGCCGGUCGUGCGUGAAAUCUUGGAAUAAAAUCUAUUAGAGCAGUGUUCCUUUUUUAAAAUUCAACGUCGCUACGAAGAUAAUUUACCAAUAAUUUAUUUCGAAAGUCUAUCUUUUCAUUUUCAACGAUAAAACGACAAGUAUCGUAUGGAUUAUGAAUUCCAAUCCAUUCAGAAUAAAAGAAUCUACGCAAAGAAUAAAUUAUUCGACUUCAAAUUAUAAUCUAUAAGAAUUCUUUUAUCUCGUGAAAAAGGAAAACGAGAAGUUAGAAGAUCCUUAACUGUUCAACUACGAAAAAUCUAAAUAUCGACGAGGAAAGAAUACAGUGUCUCGAACAUUCGAAGUGCAGUCUUCGUCCAAGAUAUUAAAGCAAAUUUCAACCACCAAGAAAUCAUGGAUUUUGCAUGCAAGUAACAGAAACGAUGGAGAAAAGGCGUUAUCGUGUGUGUUAUUGCACGUGAUACGCUUAAGCAGAGUGGCGCAGCUUAUCGUCAGCCGGAGGGUGGCAGGAAUUCGUGUUGGGUUACUUGCCCUCCUCGCAUACCAUUUCGACGUGGUGGCAUCCAUCCCCCGCUAUCUCGUCAUCAAGAUCCUCCCUGUCCUUAUAUUAAAGCCAGCCAUCCCUUCGAAGUUGCAACGCCAUGUAUUCCAGUCUCCUUCUCCACGUGCGAGGAGCAAUGACUCCUGUUGAAAACAAGAAGAAAAAAAAGAAAGCGAGUCCUUCGUUUAUUUUCACGAUGUUUUCUUCGUCUUCUUUUCGAUAUGGUGCGCCAGACUGCAAAUAUCGUGGAAUAUUUGCAGGGAUCGAUUGAAGUUCGAGCCGCAGCCGCAUCCAGGGUGUACGUGGACGCAUUGUCUCGAUUAGCACGCCAGGCGCAACUGGGUACAUGGGGUGGUUCCAAGGAUGUCGGGUUCGCGCUGAUGAGGAUCGUCGAGGUGUACAAGGAGAUACAGGAGCAGGAGAUGAAUAUCCUGAAAGCGUUCUACGUCGACCUACUGGUCCCCCUCGAGACGAAUCUGGAGAAAGACACCAAGGUCGUGCAGAGCGAGCAGAAGAAGUUUCUGCAGCAGCACAAGACCAGGUCCGAAACUUAUAGCAAAGCGGCGGCCACGAUGAAGAAGCAGAGGAAAAAGUCGAGGGGCGCGAGCAAGAGUGGACUGGCCAUGGACAAAGAGCUGAAGAAUAUGCAGAUCCUCGAGGAGGAGAAGUCUAAGCUAGACGCCUUUUGUGAACAGAGUUUGAAGAAUGCCAUGACUCAGGAACGAAGAAGGUACGGCUUUGUUCUCGAACGACAAUGCUCGUUGGCGAAACAUUAUGCGAGUUUUCACGAGGUCGCGUUAGCUGCUCUUCAUCCCUCGGUUGAUAAGUGGCGCGAGGUAGCUGCUACCAGGGAAUAUUUACCCCAAUCCGUGGAAGAUAUGUUCGCUUCCAGGCUUAGACAAGUAUCAUUCUGGCCGGAGGACGAAGAGAACGGUGGAUCCGAAUUAACGAUGAGCUCACAAUUGAGAAAGACCAGAAGCAUGGAUAGUUCUUGCUUGGAACUUCGACCUGGGCCGCCAUCCGGAAAUGUGCCAAGUACCACUUAUCAAGGUCCGACCUCGCAUCUUUCAUCCGCCCUCUCGAGAGCAAGAUCGGAGGCCAAUCUCCACGCUUCGACAUUGUCCCUCGAUCCAGAGGUACCGGAAACCCCGCCAAGGCCGAGGUCCAUGGCGCCCCCGGCAUCACGCAACAGCGGAAGCGGAGGCGGUGGGGGCAGCGGGACAGGGGUGAGCUCCGGCGGAUGGGGUGACGCACCCCUCGCGAGGGCCCUCUUCGCCUAUUUGAGCUCGGGGGAGAAUCAGCUGAGUUUCCUCGAGGGCGAUCUCAUCGCGUUGAUGGGAGAUCGUCAGAAGGGGUGGCAAUUUGGGGAGAAUCUCCGCACACAGAGUUCCGGAUGGUUCCCACUGGCGUACACAGAAAUUAUUAUCGACGAUAGUCUAGGAUCGCCCAGUCACGGAACAAACAAUGGUCGCGCAUCGGAGCCACAGGCGGUUCCACCGUGUAAGCCGCCACCCUCCCGCCCGCCGGUGACACCGAGCAUCGAUGAAGUGUCGAGUGGAUUCCAUGGGGUGGGAAACAACAACGUCAACAACAGUAACAACAAUAACAGCAGUACAGGCACACCCACUAAUGUGCCGAACAGCAACAGUUCUCACAAUUUGGCGACACCUACUGCACGUCAAACGAAACCGAUCCGUCCAUCGGGCACAUUGCCCACUGUUUUGGCCGGUGGCCGGAGGAUACAGCCACCUGCUCCACCCGUUCCGCCCCCUCAAGUCGUGACGUCUCUUCACAGCAGUAACGACAGCGGUUUCUCAAACGAGCCACCAGCCCAGCCCGACAUCGACUACAGCGACGACGAGGCAAUGAGACAACGAAGAAGAAAGCCACGUGCCGAUAGAAUAACGGAGGCGGUGAAGCAACACCAGAAGGAAGACAAGUCGAACGGCAAGGAUUGGGAGAACGAUUCUUGGAAGACGAUACCGAGGGACGAGAAGAGCUGGCACCUUUACAGGACGGCGAUGGACAUUUGGGCGGAGGCGAAUGCGAAUCAGAGCAACGAGAACGGGGAGGCGAGGUACCACCAGCAGAAUCGCCACUACAACAGUCAGGAACGGAAGCGCGAGUUCUCGGAACGCGCAGCUGUGGAGAACGGGCCGGGCAGGAAAUCCGGGAAGAAAUCUUCUGCGCAAGAGAGGGCGCAGAAGAGCGAGUACGAUAACCGUGGCCGGGUUAAUAAUCCCGGCCACAAGGGGAAGCCGUUGAGCAACGAGGAACAAUCUAGGAAAUCUGGGACGACGAGGAGGAGCAACGAGCAAACCGAGCAGGAGCAACGUGGCAGGGAGUCGAAGAGGAAGGAGCAAGAGGAGACGGAGGAGGACGAGAUAGAGUUGGAGGAGGAAGAGGAGGAUACGUACGGUGGGAGGAUGGAUUAUCAGAAGUACGACGGGAAGAAGUAUUACGGGGAAAGAAGCCAGGAGGGCCAGGAUAACCGCAACUCUCGUCGUGGUUAUCGGCCGGUUGCCCAGGACGAAGUGGCGAAGUACGAGAACGAGAAGAUGAUUUCCUCGGUGUCCUCCUCGGGGACGGACGACGAGAGCACGAUCACGAUUCCGGAGACCGGGAGAAAGGUGGAGCAUAUCGCGCAGAAACUGGAGCAAACGGCGCAAAAGUACGCUCGCGAGCACAGCCCUCCCAAGUUCAUAGAACGGAGGAACGAUUACAGAAGUUUAGAGCGCAGGGAGGAUAAGCAGCCACCCCCGCCGUACGAGAGGUACAACGAUUGCGAGAGGAAUCGUGGCGGGCCGCAGAGGUUCGAGAGGGAGAGGGAGAGGGAGAGAUACUUGGAAAAGUCUCCGACCACGGCCCAGAAGACGUCCACUUACGAGAGGGAGAGAACGUUCGAGAAGAAUCCCGAUAGAAAUAGGAACAUCGAGCGGGCCUCGAGCCGCCGCUUCGAGAGGCCGAGGCCGCCCUCCGAAGAAGCUCCUGAGAGACCGACCGAGCCCCGCAACGUCUACAGAGAGCGUAGAUACUCGGACAAGGAGGAAGCUAUCUACGGAGAGACGAGAUACGUGAGGGAGAACGUGUCCGUGGACAAGGAGCGCGGCUACGAGUCGAAUUUCGAGACGAAGCUCGAGAGGACGAAGGUGAUCGAGAGGCACGGUUAUCAGAGCAAUCUUCAGAAGUUCCAGAGGAACGGGCAAAUCUUGGAGAAGAACGACACGAAUAACAAUAUGCUGAAAGACGAUAAUAGGAAACCGUUGCUACCAAGGCAGACGACCGCGGUCGGACACCUGAUACAGACCGGCAGAGCGUUCGACGUCGAUUCCAAGAGUCCUAAAUUGGUGAAGAGAACCAAAUCCUUCUGGAGGUUCAGGAGAGAUUCCGACGUCCUCGAAGGAAUGGCGCUCUGGCAGCACAGGUCUCUGGUCGACAUUCCGAAAAUGAUUAAAAAGGAAGCGAAGGAGGACGUGAACGCCAUGGACGACUCGAAGAAGCAGAGCCCCGAGGGUAGCCCGAAUUCUCGGCAAAGUUUGGAGAAAAGGAACAGCGACGUGACGAUCACCAACGAUUCGCAUCACGAGGAGCCGAAACCGGCUGAGAGGAUCCACGUGCCCGAGAAAUCGGAUUACUUCGAGGAUUUCCCUACGCCCGCGGAAAGGCCAAAGACUGUGGAGCGGUCCGAAUAUCGAAUGCACCAGGACGAGAGGUCCUACUUCAUGGGCAACGUAUCGCGGAAAGCCAUAAUCGAGAAGGAGAGGAAGCGGAGCCUGGAGGCUAAGCGAAACAUGAUAGUGGCCGAAUUGAAGGAGAACAACGAGGCGAAGAGGAACGAGAGGAGGAAAAAGUACACGGACGACGAGGACGGUUUGACCCAGACGUUGAGCGAGACGGAGGCGUCGGACGAGGAGUCUACGUACAGUUGCAUCGUGGUCAAAGAUCAAACAGUGGCCGAGAAGACUCUUCUUCCCAGAACUAAACUCCGUAGGGAUUCUGACCGAGAUAAGAAUACUUGUGGACCGUGGUACGACCUUUGGGGAGUGGACGCCUCCGUGAACAAGAAGAAGAAGAAGAAACAGCAAUAAAUCUAUUAAACUCUCUUCUUCGUCCAUCCGCUUUCUUGAAUCGGUAUCGUUGUUUGAAUCCCUCGUGGGCCUCGAAACUGGAAGUGUUUUAUCACGUCUCGAAGUUUAUUAAAUAACGUUAUUAUCACGUAUAUAUGUACGAGAUGUGAGAUCUCGUCUUCUUUCGAAAAAAGGAUCCGAAACGAAACCGAGAUGAUCGAUUUUUGAGACGAGAACGAGCCCGAGGAUAAGAGGAGAUACGAUUACGAUACGAUACGAUAAUUUUAAGAUUUUGCUCGUUUUUUUAUUAUUUUUUUUUUUUGUUUCUCUUCUUCUUUUGUGUUUGUCAUUACGUUCCAGUUUUAUUAUAUCAUCUCCACCCUCGUAUAUCAGAUCAACACCAUGAAUGACCGUUUCGCAAGUCUUCCGCAUAGUGCAGUUCCCAUUGCUUUUUUUGAUACGUUUAAGCCUAUGUUUUGCGAGCAUAGUUGUUAUUUUAUUACUGCUUUCGUCGACGCUUGUUUAUGAUCGGAUAUCAUUGUGUUGACGUUAAGCAUUAAAGCAUAUAAAUCGUAAUUUAGAAUGCAAGGAACAACAUUUUGAUCCAUAUUUGAUCAGCCUGUCACAACGAUGGAAAGAACAAUGUUAUGGAUGAUGAUUCAAUCGUAACUCUUGUUGGAUUCGUCGUGCAAUGAUUAUUAUUAUUAUUAUUUUAUUAACGUUGUGUUGAAUUUUUCAAUUUUAAUUUCAAAUUUCUGAUCGACCGUUAAAUUCGAUGGUUUCGAAUUAAUUCUUUGAACGAUUAAAAGUUUCACGCUCGAUUCGUAUUUUUUAUAAUUCGCGCUUCGACGAAUUAAUUGAACGCGAAACACGAGUAAGAGAAAAGUAGUUUUUAGAAAUUUAAUCGUAUGCUCGAAUGAUCGGGAUUAAAUCUGUCAGUUACCAUAAAUCGUUCCCUAUCGAUGCAUAAACGAACGCAUAAAUAAUAUUGCGCGCAUAUUCCACGACAGGCUUAAAAACGAUCGUGUAAACUAGUUUCCGCAUUAAUAAUUAUUCGAGUUCGAAACUU